AGACUUCCAACCAUAGAGAAGAUAGGUCAGCUGACUUUACUUUUAUCAUUGGUCUUGUGAUAAGUUGUAGUUCUCCGCCAUUCUCGGCCCGACUUUUCCAUCUUUAUCGUCUUAUAAGAAUAUAAUUUCAAAAUGGCGGCGCGGGCCAAUCUGAGGAUGAUUGCCACUGAAGAGAAUGAGGAUCAGUUUGGCUACGUGUUCGCCGUCUCCGGGCCCGUCGUAACGGCGGAGAAAAUGUCCGGAGCGGCUAUGUACGAGUUGGUGCGUGUCGGCUACAACGAGCUGGUGGGAGAGAUUAUCCGUCUGGAGGGAGACAUGGCCACCAUUCAGGUGUACGAGGAAACCUCGGGUGUGACCGUCGGCGACCCCGUGCUCCGCACCGGCAAGCCCCUGUCCGUGGAGCUCGGCCCCGGCAUCCUCGGCUCCAUCUUCGACGGCAUCCAGCGCCCGCUCAAGGACAUCAACGAGAUGACGCAGUCCAUCUACAUCCCCCGCGGCGUCAACGUGCCCUGCCUGUCCCGCGACAUAAGCUGGGAGUUCAACCCGCUCAAUGUCAAGGUGGGCUCCCACAUCACGGGCGGGGACCUGUACGGCGUGGUGCACGAGAACACGCUGGUGAAGCACCGCAUGAUCGUGCCGCCCAAGGCCAAGGGUACCGUCACCUACAUCGCGCCCUCCGGCAACUACAAAGUCACCGACAUCGUGCUGGAGACCGAAUUCGACGGCGAGAAGAACAAGUUCAGCAUGUUGCAAGUGUGGCCCGUGCGUCAACCCCGCCCCAGCGCAGAGAAACAGCCCGCCAACCACCCGCUGCUCACCGGCCAGCGUGUGCUCGACUCUCUGUUCCCGUGCGUGCAGGGCGGCACCACCGCCAUCCCCGGAGCCUUCGGUUGCGGCAAGACUGUCAUCUCGCAGGCGCUGUCCAAGUACUCCAACUCCGACGUCAUCGUCUACGUCGGUUGCGGAGAGCGUGGUAACGAGAUGUCCGAGGUACUGCGGGACUUCCCCGAGCUGACCGUCGAGAUCGACGGCGUGACCGAGUCCAUCAUGAAGCGCACGGCGCUCGUCGCCAACACGUCCAACAUGCCCGUGGCUGCCCGCGAGGCCUCCAUCUACACCGGUAUCACGCUGUCCGAGUACUUCCGCGACAUGGGCUACAACGUGUCCAUGAUGGCGGACUCGACGUCGCGCUGGGCGGAGGCGCUGCGCGAGAUCUCGGGGCGGCUGGCGGAGAUGCCGGCGGACUCCGGCUACCCCGCGUACCUCGGCGCCCGCCUCGCCUCCUUCUACGAGCGCGCCGGCCGCGUCAAGUGCCUGGGCAACCCCGACCGAGAGGGUUCCGUGUCCAUCGUAGGCGCCGUGUCGCCGCCCGGUGGUGACUUCUCGGACCCCGUGACCGCCGCCACCCUCGGCAUCGUCCAGGUGUUCUGGGGUCUCGACAAGAAGCUCGCCCAGAGGAAGCACUUCCCCUCCAUCAACUGGCUCAUCUCCUACAGCAAGUACAUGCGCGCUCUCGAUGACUUCUAUGACAAGAACUACCCCGACUUCGUGCCCCUCAGGACCAAGGUCAAGGAGAUUCUCCAGGAAGAAGAAGAUUUGUCAGAAAUCGUGCAGCUGGUCGGCAAGGCGUCGCUGGCCGAGACCGACAAGAUCACACUCGAGGUCGCCAAGCUGCUCAAGGACGACUUCCUGCAGCAGAACAGCUAUUCGGCCUACGAUCGCUUCUGCCCGUUCUACAAGACGGUGGGCAUGUUGAAGAACAUGAUCUCGUUCUACGACAUGUCGCGACACGCCGUGGAGGCCACCGCGCAGUCCGACAACAAGGUCACGUGGAACACCAUCCGCGACGCCAUGGGGCCCAUCCUCUACCAGCUCUCCUCCAUGAAAUUCAAGGACCCCGUGAAGGAGGGCGAGGCGAAGAUCAAGGCGGACUUCGACCAGCUGCUCGAGGACAUGGCCGCCGCCUUCCGCAACCUCGAGGACUAGGCGAGUGAGGGAUGGCCGGACCGGAGUGUGGUCCCCGCACCCCGCGCCCCGCACCCCGCACCCCGCACACCGCACCCCGCGCCGGGGCGAGGCGUCACACUAUCUCACCCCGUUAGAGCUGCUGACUGCCGAGUGCGGGCAGCCGUUGUGCGGCAGUCAGAGGCCCGCCAGUGUUAUCCGCUUGUAGUUUAUAAUUUUAGCACUUGAACAUAUUGCACGAAAGUCUCCGGAUAGGUGACGCCCCGCCCCGGAUCUUAGCCCCAGGAGCCCCCGCCCCCUGACGUCCGGUUUCUUGCGGGAUACGGUUUUCUGCAGGAUUCCGUUUUAUUAGUGUACGUGAUAGUAUAGUAACGUUCCGUCUGCGGGAUCCCGCCCGCGUCCUACAGAAAACUGGAUCCUGCAGAAAACUGGACGUCGGAGGGAGAGCGGCCUAUUUGUCUAUGUAGAGAGUGCGUAGGUUGUUAAGUACGUGUAUUACUUAUUUAAAGCUGUCGGGCCGCGUCCAUUGUAAAUAUUGUUCCCCCUCGGUGCCUCGCACCUUCGGUCGAUUAGUUGUUACUAUUAAAUAAUAUAUACUAUUUAUACACCCUCCCUGUGAAUUAUUUGCCCGAUGAUAUUUUGUGUGAAUUUUCGAAAUCGACGUAUCAGUGAAAUAUCCUCUUGCAUUCCACGUUAUGUUUAUAGUUAAUCGAAAUCGUGUAAUCGCUUCGGCUCGCCGGCCGGUCGCUCGGCCGACAGUUGUGUUCAGUAUUAAGUCGGUUCCAGUUGUACAAAUAUAAACGAUUUCCUCGUAUUGCUCGAGAUUCUUGCUGUUUCGGCUCUGUGACGUUAAGUGUUGAGAGGAGACGAGAGUUAUUAUAUUAUAAAUAAUAAAUAUAUUAAAUAUUAA